CAUUUGUUAAAACUUCUUCAGAUCGGAAAAAGCCAAUCGAAGUUUUUGAUCCUGAUAUUGUUAAUAUCAAAGAUUUAUUCUUUACAGAUGAGCCAUUCUUUCCUAUAGAAGAAUACCAAACUCAAGAUUAUCUUUUUAAAUUACGUGAGUUGGGAAUGAAAAGAUCAAUGACUGGUACAGAUCUUAUUGAUCGAAUAGAAAAAUAUAAAUCAAGAUUAUGUGAUGAUGAGAUUGUUUCUGUUCACAAUAAAUCAUUUUUACUUUUAAAAUAUAUUGAUAAAAAUUAUCAAGAUUUGAAAGAUGACAUUUUAUUCCGAGAAAAGCUUCAAACAGAAACGUGGAUUCCAACUUUAACACCAGAGCCAGAUAAUCAGCGAACCUUCUCAAAAGCUUCAGAUUGUCGAGAUAAUUUAUAUAUAGAUUUAAUUUCAUAUACAUUGCCAAUAGUUGAUUAUAAGAUCGUUAGCGAUAAAUUACGUCAGUCUCUUGGAUGGGAUACUAUUCCACCCACAGAAAUUGUAAUAAAACAAUUAUUACAUUUGGUAAAUUUAAUGAAUCAACCGAGAAAGCAUUCGAUGAAUAAUAUUAGAAAUCGAAUAAAUACAAAUUACGAACAUUUCAACAAAAUAAUUAAUCAACCAGAUGGAGAAACUCAUUUAGCAAUUUUAAAACAAAAUUUGGCAAAAGAACAAUGGAUUCUGAAUGAGUCAGAUGAUAAUGAUAUCUACACAAUCGAUGAAGUGGUAUUUUCUCUUCAUAAUUUUAUUCCGAGUGGUUAUUGGGUUCAACUUUCUCGGAAUAAUAGAAUAAAUUAUUCGACACUCUUUGAGAAGCUUGGUGUUAAAAAAACACUUGAUAUUCAAGAUUUUAUUCGAGUACUACGAAAUGUUAAUUUUUCGAAACCAAAACAAAGAGCCAAUAUAAUGUCUAUAAUUGAUGAACUAUCAAAAAGUAAAGAAGAAAAUUUAACAGGAUUAUUAAUUCCAAAUAUGAAUUGUGAAAUGGUAGAUUAUAAAAUCGUUUUGUUUGAUGAUUUGGGAUCAAGAGAAAAUGAUUCAAUGAAAGAUUUUAAUAUUAUAGCCCAUUCAGAAAUUUCAAAAAAUUUAGCAAAAAGGUUAAAACUUGAAAAUUUAAGCGAAGUUUUGUUAAAAAAUUCGAAAUUUGAUUUUGGACAACAUGAACAAGUAACUACAAGAUUGAAAAAUAUUCUUAGG